UCGGGUGCCAGACGUAGCUAGUUUGUGCUUAGAAGAGGAGGGGAGGUUUUCUGUUCCCCUGAAGAAGUGGGAUGUGGGCAGAGCCGCUGUGGCGGUAGGUGGCUUUUGUGGCAAUGUAGAGCUGUCUUCUGGCUUCCAGCGGAGGACAUGGGCACUGCUGAAGGAAUAACGUCACUUCUGCGAGCGGAAGAAACCUUCUCGGCUUGUCUAGCCCGGAUCGACUCCAUCAUUCUCAAGCCUAUGUUGCAAGCAGAGCCUUAUGAUCAGAAAGGAAAAGAAAACUUCAAACUCCUGCUGCUGUUGAACGACCGAUUCCACGCUCUCUGGGACGUGACGGAGGACCACCACCGAGCACUAUGGCAGAAGUUCAGCACGUCCACGUCCUUCCACAUCCAAGACAUCUACAUCAUUUGGAAGGCAGACCUGUUUCUUAAGCACUACAUCCAGUACUUCACAACUUUUUCAAACUGUGUUGUAGUCCAGAGCUUUGACCAAGCUGCAAAGAAUAAGAGCGAAGCUUGGAAGCAUCACAAGACAGCGCUGAAGCAAUUUCUCACAGAUGGGAUCCAAGAGACCUCCGUAUCCUUGGCCCUGCAUACCAUCCUCCAGAAACCCAUCCGAGAGCACGUCCAGCAGUAUUCCCUCAUCCUUACCAGGUUGAGCGAGGCCACCGGAAAGCAGUGCCCUGAGAGAGACCUGAUUACCAGUGCCAUCAAGGAAUAUGCAAAGCUGCAGUCUUUCAUCAGCCAAGUGCUGGAUGAAGCCAGUUUGACCAAAGCCCUGUGGAAAUCCUUGGGGCACAAACUCACGGAUGCACUCUGUCUUCCUGAGCGCAAGCUGCUGGAGGACAGCAAAAAUCUUCCAAUUUUUGCCAGUACGGGCCGGUCGGACCAGGUACUGCUCUUCAAUGAUGCCCUAGUACUCGUUCAGGGGAGCAGCUUUCAGAGUUUUGAUCUGAAGGUCUUGUGGGUCGAUGCAACCUGCGGGGAGAAGCCGGCCCCAGAACUGUAUAGUCUCCGCAUCAUUACGCCAGAAGAUACGUUCUUCCUCUCCACCAAGGAGCCACAGAUAAGGGCUGUCUGGCGGUGGAAGCUGAGUCAAGCGGUGCGUCAGGCGCUGAACGGGAAGAGAGACUUCCCUUUAUGGAGCAAAGCUGGAGAAGGAAACGAGCCUCCGAUCUGUCGCUGUUUCAAGCACAUCUUCCAGAUGGAGGGCAGGCUCAAGAACGCGGCGUACGAAGGAGAAUGGUGUUGGGGGAAACCGCAUGGCAAGGGGACGCUGAAGUGGCCUGAUGGACGUAACCACGUUGGAGACUUCAAAGAGGGCUUGGAACAUGGGUUUGGGAUCUGCCUUAUCCCUCGCAUGUCUGAAGAUCGCUUUGACUGCUAUAAAUGCCACUGGUUUGAAGGCAAAAUGAGAGGCUAUGGAAUCUGUGAGUAUGGAAACGAGAUGGUCUACAAGGGCUACUUUAAGGAUGACCUGCGUCAAGGCUUUGGCAUCCUGGAAGGCACCUCAGCUGAGCAUCCCUUUAAGUAUACAGGGCAAUGGGAAAACGACAAGAAGAACGGCUAUGGAGUCUGGGAUAACAAAAACAGGGGGGAGAGAUACAUUGGGAUGUGGCAGGAUGACCACCGGCACGGCGAAGGCAUUGUGGUGACUCAGUCCGGCGUUUGCUACCAAAGAACGUUUCACGCAGAUAAAAUGGUGGGCUCUGGGAUUCUGCUUUUGGAAGAUGACUCUAUCUAUGAAGGCAGCUUCACGGAAGAUCUGCUGUUCGUUGGAAAGGGAAAGCUGACCUUUGCCAAUGGCUUCACUCUGGAGGGCACCUUUAGUAACAAGUCGGGUCAAGGGCUGCAGACACAGGGAGUCCUGAACACUUCCAGCGAUCAGCUGGGCGACAGAAUGAUCAAAGUUCAGUUGGGUCUUAACAAAUUCCCAGUGGAGACGAGAUGGCGGGGAAUCUACGACCAGUUUUUGGGGUUCGUCCACUCUGGCUGCAAAGAAGAAACCGAGGAGUCUUUCACGGGGUUUCACGUGCAGACAAGCAAGGAGCUACGGAAAUCUCAGGAGUAUCUCUGCUGCCAAAGAGGGGCUGAGGAUGUACCUGGUAAGAUGGAAGACAUCCUUGAAGAGCUAGUUCAGCAUCGCGAGCUGGAGCUGCUGCAGUGCUAUCUACAAAAGGUUCUGAAUUCUUCCCUCCACCCAUUAGGAAAGCUGCUGAAGACCCUGACAUUAGCCUUUCAAGCAACCUACUCUGGGACAGGGGCAAACAGACACCUACUGAGCAUGGCCCAAGAGGAGGUCAAGCACUAUGCAAAGAAAAUAUGGGAGUUUUACCAAGGUUUGCUACACUUGGCCCUGGAGCAGAAAGGCCACCCACUGGCAGAGAUGGAAGAUGCAGAGACAAGCAACCUGAAUGCCUACGGCAUGAUUUUACCUCUGAUCCUGCCCUGUUUCUACCCGGAGCUUUUCAUGCUCUACAUGCUGUAUCAUGAAAAGGAAGAUGACCUCUACUGCCAAGGCAUUGUGGACCUGAGUUUGUUUUCUGACCUAAAGCUGCUGGAGUUCCUGGAUGUCCAGAAGCACCUGUGGCCCCUCAAAGACCUCACCCUAACAAACAAUCAGAGGCGCUCCCUGAUCAAAGAUAAGUGCUUCCUUUCUGCCACUGAAUGCCUGCAGAAAAUAAUCACGACCGUGGACCCCCGGGAAAAACUGGAGGUGCUCCAGAAAACGUAUGAGGAGAUUGAAAGCACCGUGUCACGGGUGGUGGGGAAGGACUAUAAACUCCCAAUGGACGAUCUCUUACCGCUGUUUAUGUACGUUGUGUCACGAGCCAGUAUACAACAUCUAGGUGCAGAAAUACAUUUGAUCAGGGAUUUGAUGAAUCCUACUAACGAAGGAGGGAUGUAUGACUUUCUGUUAACAGCGCUGGAGUCUUGUUACGAGCACAUUCAGAAGAACAUCAAGCUCCAUCACAGAGAGACUUGGCAAUCAUCACGUGAUUCCCGACGUUUAUAAUCCAGAGGGCUCUGGUUUGUGCAUUUUGAUGGAAGGCUGUUAGGUGAAGGAACUGAGUCACUGCCACUCCGGUUACCUUUCCAAUGGGAAGAAUGCUUAUUUUGGAUCCGAGCUUUUAUUUAUAAUAUAAAAGCCUGGACUCAUUAAGAUACCACGAUCAAGACGCUUCCCUCCCAAAACUCUUGCCCUUGGUGGGACUUGGAUCUGUGCUUCUCUCCCUGACAAACAAUAAAGCAAAAAUGGACUCUAAUGCAACAGCCAAACUAUAACCAAAGCCACUGAAUAUUGGCCUGAAAUCCUCAAGCCUUCAUUUUUGUGUUCUGGGAAAAACCAUUUCCAGAACAACCCAUUCUGUGGAAUGUGUAUUGAAAUCUUAGCAUAUUUCCCCUUCAUUUUACAAGCGGCCUCUGCCCUAUAAUCCCAUUUUUAACAACUCUUGUUUUUAUGUAUUUAUUUUGUACUGGCAAACUACCCAAAGAGGGAAAAUGUAUUUAUAGGAACCAUAAAAUGAAGCCAAAAGAGCUGACCAAAAGCUGCAUGCCUAGAACGGAUCCGUGGAUAGACUCAGCUGCAUGGAAACAGAAAAGGUCCCUCUCCUUCCCCCAGUAACUCUUAAUGAAAUAGUGAAGCUGAAGGCUGCGUGUAGCUGAAAGGAGGAUCGCGCCCCAUCCUCUUGGCCAGACAGGCUGAGCCAGACCCUCUCUGCUCCAACUCUGCUGCAUUUUGAAAGCUGCUAUGGACUAAUUUCCCUUGUUUGCUGCUGUUUAAUUGUAAAUUAUUAUUUCCCCUUGC